GGCUUUCUUCCUUCUUUCUUUCUCAUCUCCGGAAAUCUCUCUGCUCUGCCCGGCGGCUGUCUGGUGCCGACCGCCUCCUAUCUCUUCUCACUGUUGGCCGCCUCUGCCUCUUCCGUCUCUUCUCACUCUUGGCCGUCUCCAAUCUGCAACGCAGCUUCUCCUGCAUCCGCGGUAGCCGCGCUGUUGCCCAACCGUACUGAAAGAGGUUAGGCUUCGAUUUCAGCUGGGGCUCAGCUUCGGUUUAAUGUACUGUAGUUUGAUCGUCGAAGCAGAAAAUGGGGGGAAAGCUUUGGUCCAAUGAUGAUGAGAGAGCGAUGGUGGAGUCGGUGUUGGGUGGUCAAGCUUGCGAGGCUGUAAUGUCAUCUGCGGCUCUGAAAGGCGACCUAGUUCUGCCGCUUGGCGAUCUCGAUGUCCGUUCGGGGCUCACGAAGCUCUUCGAGGGGUCUGAUUGGAAUUACGCCAUUUUCUGGCGAGUUGUGGGGUUGAAAUCCGGCGGGACCGCCUUGAUCUGGGGCGAUGGACACUAUGUCCGGGAUCUAAAGCCUGGCGUAGCGGAGGAUGGAGGUUCUGGUGGUGGUAAACCUGAUGGGGUUCAGAAGAAAGAUGAGAUGAAUAAGCUAGUGUUGCAGAAGCUUCGUGGGAUUUUUGGCAGGUCCGAGGAUAACAAUAGCUCUGCGACUGGUUCAAAUGGAGUGUCGGAUUUGGAGAUGUUUUAUUUGACGUCUAUGUAUUUUUCAUUUCGUUCUGAUUCGACUGAUGGUCCUAUGUCUGCUCAUAAGGGUAGUAGGCUAAUUUGGUCUUCAAAUGGGUCUAGUUCUUUGGAUCAGUACAAGUCGAGAUCCCUUCUUGCAAGCUCAGCUGGGCUUAAGACAGUGGCAUUUGUAGCUGUGAAAGGUGGUGUUGUGGAGCUCGGUUCGGUCCAAAUGAUUCCUGAGAAACAAGAAACGGCAGAGCUGAUAACAAAAACAUUUGGAGCUGCUGCUUUGGUGGCAGCGAAGUCGGUACCCAAGAUUUUUGGGCAGGAAUUGGGUUUGGGCAGUAUGAAAUCUCAAUCUAUCAGCAUCAGCUUCUCUCCCAAGGUGGAGGAUGAUUCUGGGUUUGUCUCUGAAUCUUUCGAGGCAUUACCAAUAAGUUCUAGCCAAGUACAUGGAAGUGUCUUCAAUGGAUGUCCAACUGAUGGAGAAGGGAAACUCUUCCCACAGAUUCCAGUCGGGAACUUCAGCCCACACGCGAGAAUUUCUAAUCUCGAGCAACAAAGAGAUGAAAUGUCCCUUACGAUGGACGAGAGGAAACCGAGGAAAAGGGGAAGGAAGCCCGCUAAUGGGCGGGAAGAACCGUUGAACCAUGUAGAAGCGGAGAGGCAAAGGAGAGAGAAGCUCAAUCAGCGGUUUUAUGCUCUGAGGGCAGUUGUUCCCAACAUAUCGAAGAUGGACAAGGCUUCUCUACUCGGAGAUGCUAUAACUUACAUCAACGAUCUUCAGAUGAAAAUCAGGGUUCUCGAAACUGAGAAAAGUCUGGCUGUUAAUUCGAAGAGGCUGAUGGUACCCGAUUUUGAUGUUCAGCCGAGGCAUGAGGAUGCAGUUGUAACCGUUAGCUGUCCAUUAGAGGCACACCCUGCUUCCGAAGUGAUAAAGGCUUUAAGGGAGCAGCAGGUGACUCCCGAAUGUGAUGUUUCGCUGAUGAUGGACAAGAGGGAGGUGGUUCACACUUUCUCGGUUCAGACCCAAGCUGGCGCUGCUGAGCAACUAAAGCAGAAGCUCGUUGCUGCUCUCGCCAAGUGAUUUAGAUCUCAGUUGAUGUGUAAGGUUGGUUGAAUUUCUGCGUGUACUGUAUUCUAAUUAUUCAGUGUUAGUCAUGAUGUGAAAUUGUUGUGUAACUGAUAAAGGGAGUGAUUUUAGAGAUUUUUGUUUUGGCUAAUCACCUGUUGAGUGACGUAAGGAGACGGAUUAGAACAAUGUCUUAUGGAAAUGCUUACAAUUACUGCUAUAAUUGCAUAAAUCUUUUUCUUGCUUGU